AUGCCUGGCCCACAGCAUAUCUCUCCUAUUCGAACCCUCCUUGCUCGACGAGGUGUCUGUCGCUGCAAACCUACGCAACCGCAACACCAACCUUCUGCUCUCACUCGCCUGCUCUCUACCACCGCCCACAAGGAUGCACCAAGCCAAGCACCGCCCAUCUCAAGCUAUGGCUCUGCAGAGCUCCUUCGCCGCCGCCAUCAUAGGGAGAUGCUUACGCCGUCGCAGCUGGCAAAGGCUGAGCGGGCUCGCACCGUGAAGAGAAUGCGCUGGUCCGCCUACGGGAUUGUUGCUUGUGGUCUAGCUAUCUUCGGAACUGUUGUUCUGUACCCCGAUCCAAGAAAAGCAGAGAGACGGAGACUCCUGUCUUUAAAGGAGGAGGAAGAGUCCAACAGCCAAAAUGUCGUGAAGCUGGACGCUCCACCCUCGGUCGACGGACCGCUCGAUGCGCUUACAAACGUCGAAGAGGUCGAGCAGAUCCCCACGGGCACCACUACGAUUCCCACGUUCCCUAAGACCAUCCGUCUUCCCAGUACGGCUCCUCCAUCUAGCCCCGCGGCCGCGAACGAGCCUAACGGUGGCGAGCAAUCUUCCGUCGAGUACCAGCUGGUAGGUCUCGGCGUGCGGACCGUGUCCAUCCUCAGUAUCGAAGUCUACGUUGUAGGACUCUACAUCGCGGUCAGCGAUAUCGCUGCAUUGCAAAGACGAUUAGUCCACAGCGUUGCCGGUGUAGAUGUCGCGACAACGCUCGUCCCCGGCGAGAAGAAAUCUCUGCGCGAGAAACUCCUGCACAAGAAGGAUGGCGAGGAUCUCUGGAACAAAAUCAUCCGUGACGGGCAGCUGCGAACCGCUUUCCGAAUCGUGCCUACUCGCUCCACUGACUUCAUGCAUCUCCGUGACGGCUUCGUGCGCGGCAUCACCGCCCGCAGUGGCCAUUUCGCCAGUGACCGCCAAGACCUCUCAUUCCAGGACGAGUCCUUCGGCGAGGCUAUGAAUGACUUCAAGACCGCUUUUGGUGGCACCGCGCGCAGGAAACUGCCCAAAGGUGAAGUUUUGCUCCUCACUCGCGACAACCGUGGUACUAUGGGCGUGUACAGUGAGGACAAGACGGGUGUGAGGGUCAAGAUGGGCGAUAUCGUGGACGAGCGUGUGGGCAGACUGCUUUGGCUGAACUACCUGGCUGGCGCGGCGGUGAGCUCGGAGUCUGCCCGGCAGAACAUUAUUAGUGGUGUGUUGGAGUUCGUCGAAAGACCGGUUGGCACCGUCGCUACUCAGGUCGUUUAA